AUAGAUGGCAUGCUCUGAUCUGGGUAAGUAAAGCAUUCAAUAUAUCUAUUAUACAUGUGUCAGGCCUUACUUAGUUUAAAAUUAGUCUUGUGUAAGAGGGCUGCCCAAUUUAUUUAGGUAGAUGUGUGUGGUAGCUCCAGUUUCUAAGGCUGGUCUCCUAUUUGUUUAAAAAAAAUAUUUUUUAUAUUAAGCAAACUAAACAUACCCAUUUUCAUUUUGGGGACGUCUGGAAUGCCCCCAAACUGUGUUUUCACUUUAUUUGGUCUGGGUGCAGGCGGUACUUCAGUUUUAUUCAUGCAAUGUAAAGCAUUGCCAUAUAGUAGAUAAAGCGAUGCUUAUCUCUAACUUAUGCUUGCCUCUAGUGUCUGUCCACCUGACAACCACUAGAGGAGCUUCCAGUAUGAGAACCAAGUUAGACUUGGUUCUCACAGCUAAUCUCCAUUUCAUUGGAGAAGCACUGAGACUGGGCGAGCAUGUCCUUUAGUGAAUAACAUUGAUUAUAUUGUUACAAUGGCACCCGUCAAGAGGUGUGUUAUAUUAAGGAGCAAGUGAGCAGUUCAUUCGUGAAUUUUAUGCAUUGGAAGCAGGAAAAAUGGGCAAGCGAAAAGAUCUGAGUGACAUUGACAGUGAUGGCUAUAUGUACAUAAAUAAAAUGUACCCUUCUCUCCUAGUAGAUCAUAAGACUGAUUUUACUCGUACACUCAAAGUAGAUAAAAAUAAACAGAUUAAUUUAUUAAUAAAAAGAUAGACUAAUAUAAAGAGAAAACAUUAAAUCUCACAUAUAAUACAUCUAUAACAAAUAAUUAAACAACAGCCGUAAAAAAGUCAUAAAAAGUCCAGACCUUAUUGAAAUGCUCGGCGUCCCGAGUCAGCAAAGAUGUAUAAAUGCUGAAAAAAUAAGUCAAAUAAAAGUCCUCUUUAUAAUCCAAGUGAUGGCUGAUAAUGGUGGGAGUCAGACCUCUCCAAACGCGUUUCUCCGCUUUGGCGGCUUUUUCAAUGGAUGAGGUCUGUGUCUUUUUGUUCGCUUAUAUAGCGGUUUGCCGGCAUUAAUUAGAACCCGGCAAAUACAUCAAACAGUGAGUGUAACAAAAGUAACUUCUCUGAAACAAAAUAGUUUCACUGUAUCAGAACUUAACAGCUCAGGAAAGUUAUCCCUUAUUUAGAUCGGCAUAUUAUAUUAUUCCUCUUUAUUUACUACUGUUACCAUAGUAACGCCCGCCCAAGCAGGUUUAAAUGUAACUGCCGUUUCCAUUUAGUUAAAAAAGACGGAAAAUAUGAAAGAAAAAGAAGACAGAAUUACAAAAGUGUUAAAAAAAAAAAAAAAGGGCAGAGAAUGGGUGUUGCAAAUGUAACUUCUCUAUGCUCAAAUAGUUAAAAUAUAUCAAAACUCGAUAACUAAAAAAUAGUACUCUUCACUUAAUCAUUUAAUCGGCCCAUCACAUUACCAUUUUGUGUAUGCUCCCGUUACUAUAGUAACGAUUGUCUGAGCAGGUUUAACUCUAUCUGCCAUAUUUAUUUGACGUAGGAUGACAGGGAAAUGGAGAAAUCUAUUAUAAAAAGAUGGUAAUAUUGGAAUAGGGAUCUCUCAUUAUGUCUACUCCUAUUGAUAGAAUAAAGAAAUUUCCAUGUUACAGCUUGGAUCAAAAUUGUAAAAUAUUAGGGCAAUCUAACAAACCUAAUGUUAUAGCUUACACUAACGCUGCUUGGUAUAAUUAGAUGAGAGAUUCUAGAUCUCAAAUAGUAUCCAUAAAAAGGGAUCUUUAUUCAUAGUAUUUAAGGACCUUAUAGGAAAAAAAAAAAAAAAAAACACUUAAAGGGGGAAAUUUAUCCCAAAAAAUGGCAUAACUCAAAUUCAGCAUUUAAUCCCUUAGGCUGCAACGUAUCUAGUUGAUAUAUCCAUUUCAUCUCAGUAAUGCCCAGUUGUUUAGUAUGGUCUCCUCCCCUCCAGUUUUUAUUCACUCUACAUAUCCCCUUAAAGUUCAAAAGGCUCAUAUCCGAAUUAUGAUGUUGUUUAAAAUGGGCUGAUACUGAAUGUUGCAUAUAGCCUUUCUUUAUAUUCAACAUAUGUUCUCUAAUUCUAAUAUAUAGUUGCCUUUUUGUUCUUCCCACGUACUGGAGCCCACAUGGGCACUCCAGUACGUAUAUCACGUUAGUGCUUUGGCAGGUGAUAUGUUCUUUUAUUUUAAAAGAUUCCAUCUUUUUCUUACUGUUUUUGUUAGUAACUUCAAAUACGCCUUUUGUUUGUUUAAACCUACUUUCUUUGCAUGAAAUGCAGUCCAGGCAAUAGAAGAAGCCAUUUUUCUUUGUUAUAGUUGGAGCGUUUCUACCUUUAUGGUGUUUGUUAGUUAUUUUUCUUCUUAAGUUCGGUGCGCCCCUAAAGAUAAUCUUCGGUCUUUCCGGUAAACUGCUGGCCAGAAUUUUGUCUUUUUUCAAUAGAUGCCAGUGUCUUGUAAGAAUCCUUUUUAAUUGUAGGUUUUCUUUAUUAUAAUUCAAGAUAAUUGAUGGAAAUUUUUCUCCUAAUUUUAUUGCUCGUGAUUUAUCUUUAUUAUUCAAUAGAUUAACGCGGUCUAAAUUAUCAACUCUACAUAGUGCCUCCUCUAUUUCAUUGUCUUGAUAGUUUUUCAUCAGAAAUUUUUUCUUUACUCCUUCCGCUUGUUCUCUGUAGACUUCAGAAUCUGUGCAGUUACGUCUCAAGCGUCUGAAUUCAUUAUAAGGUACGUUCUUAAGCCACAUCGGUAGGUGGCAACUCUCUUUAAGAAUGAAGCUAUUCACGUCUACUUCUUUAAAGUGCGUUUUCGUUUUAACUGUGCCGGAAUCUACAUAGAUGAUAAGGUCAAGGAAUACUAUCUGUGUCUUGCUCCAGGUAGUGUUAAGUUUAACACCCCAUGUAUUCUUGUUUACAUAUUCUAAGAACUUUUGCAGGUCUUCCAUUUCACCUUCCCAUAUGAAAAAAACAUCAUCGAUAUAUCUUUUAUACCUGUAUAUGUUAUUAUUCCAGGGAUGUUUAUUCCAGAUGUGAUUAUCCUCCCAGUCUCCCAUGAACAGGUUGGCGAAACUGGGGGCAAAUUUCGUCCCCAUUGCUGUUCCCUUCUUUUGGAGGUAAAACUGAUCUUCAAACAGAAAAUAAUUGGCUACAUGACUGGAUUAGAGCAUCUCCAAAACGGCACGUCUUGUGAGGUGUUACCGGUAUGCUGUAGUCAGUACUUACCAAAAGUGGUGCAAGGAAGGACAACCGGUGAGGGUCAAGGGCACCCAUAGCUCAUUGAUGCUCAUGAAGCAAGCCAUAUGGUCCGAUCACACAGAAGAGCUACUGUAACUCAGAUUGCUUAAAAAUUUGCUGGCCAUGAUAAAAUUGAGCCAGAACACAUUGUGCAUUGCAGUUGCAUAUAGGACUGCAUAGUCGCAAGCCAGUCAGAGUAUCCAAGAUAAUUCCUGUCCAUAGACAAAAGCGUUUUUAAUGAGUACUGGUCCAUGGGCCAAUGGAAGAAGGUUGCCUGAACUGAUGAGUCAUGUUUUCGUUUAGAGCAGGUGGAUGGCGCUGUGUGUGUGUGUUGUUUACUUGGGGAAGAGGUGGCAGGUUGCCUCAGCCUUCCUGCCUUCUGCCUAUAAUGCAGUGUUGUGCUCUGGACAAUCUUCUGCUGAGAAACAUUGGGUCCUGGCAUUCAUGUUACUUUGACACAUAUCACCUACUUGGAGAUUGUUGCAGACCACAUACAUUCCUUUAUGAAAUGGCUUUGUAACGAACCUUCCGUCAAUCGAUGCUCCUAGAGCUUACCAAGUACCAUCAGCACCGCACCAGACACCAUAAGCACUGCAGAUCUCACAAACCACCGCAGCUUUGCUGGGAACUCGCCGUCCUCUACCCACCCUGGACCUACGACAAGGCUCCAGGUUCCAGUGGGUGAACCUCUCCUCCAAGAGAGAGUAGCAGGAACAAGCUCUUCAAAGAGUUUAGUGAUUAUAGCCCAGGGGAGUAUACAGAGUAUAGCAAUCCCCCAGUGUAGAUGCAGCCUUUUCCCCACACAUGAGACAAGACUCUAUGUUGAGGGUAAAACAGGAACUCAGCAGUCUGAGGGUUUAUUGUCUUUUAUACAGUUUUCCCCACAAGUUACCACCCACGUGGACCUUGUGGAGCACAGGACACAAAGUCACAAAAACAAUCAAAACAGUCUUGUACAGUUAGACACUCCUAGAUAAUGUACACAAAUCCUCUCCUCUGCCUGUCAUAUAAUUAACAAAGACAGUGGACUAACUCAAUUAGCUCUAAACAGAAAAAAACAUACAUUUUUACAAACCACAAAAAGUACCCCAAAAUACAACAUAUCCCACGAACGGUUUAGGACUUCAGGAAUUUCCUGGAAGUCUUAUUUUUGCCCCACCGUGCACAUGGUCCGAUGCUCAAAACUGCUUCAUACACUCGAUGACAAAACACUGCUGGACAAUUUAAGAUGGCCGCCACCGCCACAAGUUUGAAAGGGGCAUUGUGCUAAGUCCCAAUAUGCACAAAUACUGUUUUUAAAAGGCAAUACACCCCAAGGGCCAUAGUCACAGGGCAAGAGGCUGGCAAGCAGGCCUCUCCAAAACCCAGUGGCGAGGUUACCUUCGCCACAGUGUUCCCCGAUGGCAGUGGUUUCUUUCAGCAGGAUUAUGUACCCUGCCACACUGCAAAAAUUGGAAUGGUUUGAGGAAUAUGACAGAGUACAAGGUGUUGCCUUGGCUUCCAAAUUCCCCAGAUCUCAAUCAGACUCAGUAUCUGUGGGUUGUGCUGGAACAGCAAAUCCAAUUCAUGGUUGCACCACCUUAAAGGAUCUGCUGCUAAUGUCUUGGUGCCAGAUCCACAGGACACGUUCAGAGGUCUUGUGGAGUCCAUGCCUUGACUCAUGAGAGCUGUUUUGGAAGCAGGAGGGCACCUACAUAUUAGGCAGGUGGUUUUAAUGUCGUCCACCAGAUGCCAAGCCCUGCCACCUCUCUAGCCAGAAGUUCUCUGUCUGAGUAAGCCCAGCAGUGCAGGUCUUAGCUCAUUGGCUGAGUGAUCAGUUAGCGAUCAGUACUAGUCUUUUACAUUGUAAAUUCAUUUGGUCAGAGCCCCCUUCACCUACUAUUCAAGUCGGUCAAUCAUGUUUUGUAAGAAUUUAGUGCUUGUCUUGUUUACCUAGUGUACAGACCUGCAGAACAUGUUGGUGCUAUAAAAAUAAUUGUAAUUCUGGGUCAUGGUUAGAAGAGCUAAUGGAAGUUAGCAGGAGCUUCCAGCUCUCACUUCCUGCUUAGAAGGAGCAGGAAGCAGCGCCUGGAAGAUCUCAAAUAAGAAGUGCAAAUAUAUAUACAUAUUGCUUCUUUUUUUUUUACCGACUCUACAAUGUGAUCUUCAAAGUUACAACAUUUACAAAAACUGUACAUUCCAUUUUAACUGAUUUUAAUUCCAUUUGCCUUCUUUUCUACCAAGGCUAUCUUUGAAAUGGGAAAGUGAAAUGAAAUUGAUAAGUUUAAUUGCCCUUCUAUAACUAAAUUAGAUUAAUGAGAGAUAAAACAUUGACGAAUCCAACAUACGCAGUCGAUACUAGUAGGUUUUGCUCUGUUAAUGUUAUUUUCUAAUUAUCCUUACUAUAUACUAUGUUACAGAUAUUAUUGGUCCUUCUUAUUGUUAUAAUGCUCACUCCGUGCAUUAGCUUUCUUGUUACCUGUAGAAAUGGCCUGCUGAGAAUUAUCAGAUUAGUAUGCUUCUUAUGGCAUGAUGCAGAUGGAUGCUGGAGGCAUGCAGCAAAAUGCUGUCUGCAAGCCUUUGCAGUAAUUGUCUGUAUGUUUUAGGAAAGGGUGCGGUGAUGAAAUUUAAAGGGACACUCCACUGUUCAAAUACAAAAAAAAUAUAUAUAUAAAAUAAAAAUUACUGCUUAGUAGAUAUACUUCCAAUGAAAACAUGUUUGCCCUUAGUUAUGUAUUUUUUCAUUGGGGUUAUAUCUAAAACAGCUUGCAAAAGCUGCAGUUCUCACUCAUGUGUGCAGUCUUUGCAAGCCCUCCCCUUCUAAUGCCGCCCAGACUUUAUGAGGUUGUUCAUUCACAGACUUACCAAUGCAGAUCACUGAAAAGUCUUUGCAAGGCAGGAGCUCUGAACAAUUGCUGCCUCUUGAGUUUAGCUCUACUGAGCUAACCAAACCAGGAAGUAACAGGACGAUUGUCUGAUUGACAGCCAGGGGGUGUAACAAGGUUAUUUAUAAAAGUACCAAUUUAUAUUGAAAUCUGCACUUUCUGUAAAAUUAAACAAGAACACCCUCUUCACACAAGCUGACAUGGUUUAGGGGGUUUGCAUUGCCCUUUUAAGUUCAUGUAAAUACUUAGAACAUGGGUAGUCAACCUGGUCCCUACGGCCCACCAGUGGGUGUUUUGGGAUUCCAGGUGGGCGGUAGCAGAGUCCUCCCUCCAUCCAGAGAGAUGAACGCUCUGUUCAUCUCUCGAGCACUAAGUGUUAAGCAGUAAGUGCGAGGUUGCAGAAUGCUCGCACAGGGGAAGCGCAGCAUGUGUGCCUGAAUGCACAUGUCCACCCAUAUCACGUGCGUACGCAUGUACGAAUACGUGCGCUUGUGAACAAGUGUUACACGCGGGUAGAAGAAGGGGAGGAGUUGGGGUAGGUAGGGGGAUACACGAUAGCAGGGAGUGGAGUACUUGGAAAAUCGGAGAAAGAAGGUGCAGAGUAUUUGUAAAAAAGGAGAAAGAAGGAGUAGAGUACUUGUUGAAUAGGAGAAAGAAGGAGCAGAGUAUUUGUUAAAAAGGAGAAAGAAGAAGCACAGUACUUGUAGAAUAGGAGAAAGAAUGAGCAGAGUAUUUGUAAAAAAGGAGAAAGAAGGAGCAGAGUACUUGUAGAAUAGGAGAAAGAAUGAGCAGAGUAUUUGUAAAAAAGGAGAAAGAAGGAGCAGAGUACUUGUAGAGAGGAGAAAGAAUGAGCAGAGUACAUGAUGAAUAGGAGAAAUAAGGAGCAGAGUACUUGUUAAAAAGGAGAAAGAAGAAGCACAGUACUUGUAGAAUAGGAGAAAGAAGGAGCAGAGUAUUUGUAAAAAAGGAGAAAGAAGGAGCAGAGUACUUGUAGAGAGGAGAAAGAAUGAGCAGAGUACAUGAUGAAUAGGAGAAAGAAGGAGCAGAGUACUUGUAGAAUAGGAGAAAGAAGGAGCACAGUAUUUGUAAAAAAGGAGAAAGAAGGAGCAGAGUACUUGUAGAAUAGGAGAAAGAAGGAGCAGAGUAUUUGUAAAAAAAGGAGAAAGAAGGAGCAGAGUACUUGUGGAAUAGGAGAAAGAAGGAGCAGAGUACUUGUAGAAUAGGAGAAAGAAGGAGCAGAGUACUUGUAGAAUAGAAGAAAGAAGGAGCAGAGUACUUGUAGAAUAUGAGAAAGAAUGAGCAGAGUAUUUGUAAAAGAGGAGAAAGGAGCAGAGUACUUGUAGAAUAGGAGAAAGAAGGAGCAGAGUACUUGUAAAAAAGAGAGAGAAGAAGCAGAGUACUUGUAGAAUACGAGAAAGAAUGAGCAGAGUAUUUGUAAAAAAAGGAAAAAGGAGCAGAGUACUUGUAGAAUACGAGAGAGAAUGAGCAGAGUAUUAGUAAAAAAGGAGAAAGGAGCAGAGUACUUGUAGAAUAGGAGAAAGAAGGAGCAGAGUACUUGUAAAAAAGGAGAAAGAAGGAGCAGAGUACAUGUAGAAUAGGAGAAAGAAGGAGCAGAGUAUUUGUAAAAAAGGGAAAAGGAGCAGAGUACUUGUAGAAUACGAGAGAGAAUGAGCAGAGUAUUAGUAAAAAAGGAGAAAGGAGCAGAGUACUUGUAGAAUAGGAGAAAGAAGGAGCAGAGAACUUGUAAAAAAGGAGAAAGAAGGAGCAGAGUACAUGUAGAAUAGGAGAAAGAAGGAGCAGAGUACUUGUAAAAAAGUAGAAAGAAGGAGCAGAGUACUUGUAGAGAGGAGAAAGAAGGAGCAGAGUACUUGUUGAAUAGGAGAAAGAAGGAGCAGAGUACUUGUUAAAAAGGAGAAAGAAGGAGCAGAGUACUUUUAGAAUAGGAGAAAGAAGGAGCAGAGUACUUGUAAAAAAGGAGAAAGAAUGAGCAAAGUAUUUGUAGAAUACGAGAAAGAAUGAGCAGAGUAUUUGUAGAAUACGAGAAAGAAUGAGCAGAGUAUUUGUAAAAAAGGAGAAAGGAGCAGAGUACUUGUAGAAUAGGAGAAAGAAGGAGCGGAGUACUUGUAGAAUAUGAGAAAGAAUGAGCAGAGUAUUUGUAAAAAAGGAGAAAGGACCAGAGUACUUGUAGAAUAGGAGAAAGAAGGAGCAGAGUACUUGUAAAAAAAAGAGAAAGAAGAAGCAGAGUACUUGUAGAAUAGCAGAAAGAAGGAGCAGAGUAUUUGAAAAAAAGGAGAAAGAAGGAAAAUAAAAAAUAUAAAAAGGAAAAGGAGAGAAUUGUUGUUGGCUAAUAAUAAUAAUUGGGCUACCUAGUUCAGCCUUCCUGCUGGGCAUUGUUAUAAGGAAGGUAAAAAAAUAGAAAAAAGGGAAAAAAAGGGAAGGGGGAAUUGAGGAGGGAGAGGAGGGGAGCUGAUGCACGGAUGAGCAAACAAAUCGUCUGAAUAUCACCGAAAGAGGAGACCUUUGUUUGUUUGUUACAAAAAUCGAACCAGAUAUCAAAUAUUUAGUCUCGCAGCAUCAGCCUCAAGGAUCUCAUUAAUCACUAGUAAAGGUAAUUUCAUUUUACUUUAUAAAGUUAAAAACAUUAUAAACAUGCAUUAAGUAGAAAUAAAAAGAUAAAUGUACGUACAUUUUUUUUUAAUUUUUUUUUUAAACACCCUCCUUUCCAAAAAAUAUUCUGCACUUGCGCGAAAACUGGUGGGCGGUAAGGAAAUUUUUCCAUCAAGAAAGAUGCAUUAGUGGGCGGAAGGUAAAAAAAGGUUGACCACCCUUGACUUAGAACAAUUGACUUUUAAAAUCUAAAUUGCCUUGCCUCCCUUUUCAGUGCAUUAUGGUGACUCGGGUGAGAUCUCAUUACAAUAAAUACAUUUAAACAUUUUUUAAAAGCAUGGGUCAAAAUACCUACAUCUGCAGCUUCAACAAGGAUUAGAAGUGCUGAGAUUUCAAUGCGUACCAUUCCAUUUCCAUGGUUUCAUGGUUUUUCUUUUUUUUGUUUUUUUUUUUACAAAUUGCUACACCUUAAUUACCAAAUUAAGUGAGGCAUAGAAAAUAAGUUUCUCUUACAGUGGCUUGCAGCCCCUCCUAUGGUUCUAAAAUAAUUUUUAAAAAAUAAAAUAGCAGGCCAUACCAGACAGUAUUUAGACAAAAUGGAAAGUUAUCUCUAAAGACAGAUGCCUUUUCCUGAAAAUACUUCAAAAAGUUUGGUAUAAGAGGUUGCAAUCUGCUUUGGGUUGAACCCCCUCCCCCACAGUCUCUUGUCUCUGGAAACAAUAAAGGGUUACUCCAAGCACCAUGACCACUUUGGUGAUUUGCAGUGGUCAUGGUACCUGGAGUAAGUAUGUGCAGCGUUUCGCCAUGACUUCACUGCUCCCAGAGGUGUAACUGCACCUUUAGCAGUAUCAUUGGGGCGUUGUUAGCUAAUGUGAAUUCUGUGCAAACCUGGCCUCUGUCGUCUACAAACACAGCAUGUUGGAAACAGACAGGCUAUGGUGGCAUGCUGCUCAUCUCCUCCCCUAAGUCUGUCCUUCCCCCAGCAACUAGGGGGGCAUUGAAAUCAGUGGGAGAGGAUCAGGCAAAAGGGAGACUUGGCCUUGGCACUAGAAUGGCGGUAAGUUAGUCCUUUUUUUCUUCUUCCUUUCUUUGACCAAGGCGACUCCACAGGAGAGGUUACUCUAACCAAAACCAGUGUUUUCUCAAAACACUUAGUUUUGGUUUGUGCAAACUUUUAAACACAAAGAAUGGUAUUUGGUGUCCAACACUAAACACAAUGUAUUCAUUGGGUCCAGAAGACACUUUCUUUUACAGAGUAGAACAAUUGUUCUCCAUGAGCUGCAACAUAUACUGAUCUCCUCAAAGAUAAAUAGCUCUUAUCUCUAAACACAAUUCCUAUUUCUAUUACCUAUCAUACAUAACUCAGAAUCCGCUUCCAGAGUAUGUACUGCUUACCCUAAAGAUACACAUCUUCUGUUUCAUUUUAUUAACAUUAUUCAGAUUAUACAACGUGCACUCCAUCCCAGGGCUGACACACAGGUUCCAGGCAGGAUUUUAAGGUGGAACUUUAGAUAACAAAGGGUGAGUAGAUUCAGUUGUAAGAAAGAACCACAGUCCACACUGUACCGCCACUUUAUUUUAUUUAUAUUGGCACACAAGUGCCAAUCCCUCCAAACUCUCCCACUCGCCUGGAAGAGGUGGCAGGUGAGUUAGAUGCACCAAGGUCACGUAGUGACUGUAUGUGUAUAUGACUAUGUCCGUGUGAAAGAAUGUGUCUGUGUGUGCAUGUAUAUGUGUUGCUAUAUAGGUGUGUCUUUGUGGAAGUUAUAUAUGUGAGUACAUGUGUGUAUCAUUUUUUAUUCUAUGUAGACUGUAAGCUCGUUUGAGCAGGGUCCUCUUCAACCUAUCGUUCCUUUACGUUUUCUUGUAAUUGUCCUAUUUAAAGGUAAAUCCCCCCUCUCAUAAUAUUGUAAAGCACUGCGUAAUCUGUUGGCGCUAUAUAAAUGGCAAUAAUAAUAAUAAUAAUAAUAUGUGAUUUUGGUAAAUUGAUUGUGUGUGAGAACUGAAGUUAGGGUAUGCGAUGUGGCAUGUGGGUCGAGCAUGCAAGGAGGGAAGGAAGUGGAAUUUGUUCUUGGGUGAGCCCUGCUACUUCGCUAUAAAUAAACGAAUGCAACGCCUAUUCACAAUACACAAUACACUCUGUGUCCAUUCAUAUUAAAGAAAAUACAGAGUUCUGCAAUAAAUAUUUUACACUGCUCCCGUUAUCCUUACAGAAUGAGCACAAAAUAUAGCAUUCUCUCAUAAAUGCACAAAUAUUAAUAUUGCAGAAUAUACAGUGCUCAACCUAUUGAUAUUAACUGAUAAACAUUGCUCCACUUCUAUUUAUACAUUGCACCCCUCUAAUAUGCACAAAUGAUUCUAUGAUUAAUGUAGAGCCAUAUUUGUAUCACACACAGUUCCUUUAACAAAGAUGCACAGAGCUUUAAUGUUAGUGUAUCUGAGCCGUUACACAAUACCUGAUCGUUCCAUCAUAAUAUAUCUGUUUACAGUAAACAGUGCAGACUGUGUGUGUUUGUGGACACUACAUACAGGAGCUCAGGGUGUGGUGUACUAGUCUAUCAAAUAGACACGGCCAGAUCUCAUUGUUUAUCCACAAACAACGAACACAGGGCCUCAAACCCAAACAGAAUCUCCCUCCAACAGUGCAAAAAACCAAAACUGCAGCAAAAAUGACAGGAGUUAGAAAGAGGUUUACUGGAGUAAUAGAGGAGUUAUAGGGAGAGGCUAUAUGGAGUACAGGAGGAGCUAUAGAGAGAGUGAUAUAUGGAGGCAGAAGGUUAUGGUGGAGAGGCUGCAUGGUAAUAGGAGGAGUUAUAGAGAGAGGUUAUAUGGAGUAACAGGAGGAGUUAUAGAGAGAGGUUAUAUGGAGUAAUAGGAGGAGUUAUAGAGAGAGGUUAUAUGGAGUAAUAGGAGGAGUUAUAGAGAGAGGUUAUAUGGAGUAAUAAGAGGAGUUAUAGGGAGAGGUUAUAUGGAGUAAUAGGAGGAGUUAUAGGGAGAGGUUAUAUGGAGUAACAGGAGGAGUUAUAGAGAGAGGUUAUAUGGAGUAAUAGGAGGAGUUAUAGGGAGAGGUUAUAUAGAUUAAUAGAAGGAGUUAUAGGGAGAGGUUAUAUGGAGUAAUAGGAGGAGUUAUAGGGAGCGGUUAUAUGGAGUAAUAGAAGGAGAUAUAGGGAGAGGUUAUAUGGAGUAAUAGGAGGAGUUAUACAGAGAGGUUAUAUGGAGUAAUAGGAGGAGUUAUAGGGAGAAGUUAUAUAGAUUAAUAGAAGGAGUUAUAGGGAGAGGUUAUAUGGAGUAAUAGGAGGAGUUAUAGGGAGAGGAUAUAUGGAGUAAUAGGAGGAGUUAUAGGGAGAGGUUAUAUGGAGUAAUAGGAGGAGUUAUAGUGAGAGGAUAUAUGGAGUAAUAGAAGGAGUUAUAGGGAGAGGUUAUAUGGAGGAGAGUUAUAGGGAGAGGUUAUAUGGAGUAAUAGGAGGAGUUAUAGGGAGAGGUUAUAUGGAGUAAUAGGAGGAGUUAUAGGGAGAGGUUAUAUGGAGUAAUAGGAGGAGUUAUACAGAGAGGUUAUAUGGAGUAGUAGGAGGAGUUAUACAGAUAGGUUAUAUGGAGCAAUAGGAGGAGUAUAGUGAGAGGUUAUAUGGAGUAAUAGGAGGAGUUAGGGAGAGGUUAUAUGGAGUAAUAGGAGGAGUUAUAGGGAGCGGGUUAUAUGGAGCAAUAGGAGGAGUUAUAGUGAGAGAUUAUAUGGAGUAAUAGGAGGAGUUAUAAGAAGCGGUUAUAUGGAAUAAUAGGAGGAGUUAUAGAGAGAGGUUAUGUGGAGUAAUAGGAGGAGUUAUAGGGAGAGGUUAUAUGGAGUAAUAGGAGGAAUUAUAUGGAGAGGUUAUAUGGAGUAAUAGGAGGAGUUAUAUGGAGAGGUUAUAUGGAGUAAUAGGAGGAGUUAUAGAGAGAGGUUAUAUGGAGUAAUAGAUGGAGACAUAGGGAGAAGAUAUAAUAUAUUAAUAGGAGUAAAGGAUUUCGUUUUUUUAUUAAGUAGGUAUAUUAAGAAGAACAAGGAAACAGACGUUUUGACACAAUCAGCUGAAUUUGAAUAUCUUACGUUAUUUAAUACGGUGACUAGCCUUCGGCGAGCUAAUGAAAUCUGAUUUGGCAUUGGAAGCUGUACAAGCCUGCUAUAUGCAGCUCUAUCUGGUAUCUCAAAACCAAUACAAUGACUAAAGAAAGAUGUAAGUCCUAUCACUUGCUGUGCAUGCAGGAAUAUGAAUCUGAAGUUUACCCUAAAACAUUUCUUGUAAAACUGGUUCAUACUGAUGUGUUCUCUGUCGACACUUCUCUACAUUAACCAACAAGCCUGCGAUCUGACACACAAAUGUUUCUUUCAGGGUUAUCCAAACUAAACUUGGAAAUGUAACAAGCUCAAACGAAAUGUCACGACUGAGGGUAGAACAGCGGCUUUGGAGAUAUUCUUCUAUUGAGCUAUAGUCACAAUUAGGCUAUUUUCAAAUAAACUUUUGCCAUUUGGUUUUUAAUUCACUCCAAUUCAGAGUUGUGUGAAUAACCAUGUCUGUAAUGCAUUCUAGCAAAACAAUACAUAGAUCUUAACAUUUGUUCAUUUAAUACUUAAUAUGAUAGAAUAAAAAAAUAAAAACUCUGCAUAUAUGUGUGCAAUAUUAUCAUAUCUCAAUAAAAUACAUUUGCUACUAUACAAUACUACGUGCAAAAGAUAUAAUAAUAAUUAUAGUGAUAAUAAUAAUCAUAGAUUCAUUAAAUUGGUGUUUCGCAGAACCCUGGCAUUGAUAGGAUUAAACAAUCAGCAUCUCAUGUCCAGUGGGAAUGUGUGAAGUAUGUACAUAGCGUACUUUAACGUUUAGUGAUUGCAGGUUUGCCCCUGUAAGUGUGUUCUUAUUUACAUGUAAACACCAUUCACUUUGUGAUGUCUCUUUGUUUGUGUAUGUAUACACACCGUCACACAUUUAUACACACAAUUACUAAACCUGAACUCAGGACAAAGACAACCUGAACAGCCAAUUAGAGGUAAGAGAAAUAUAAUCCCAGGUGAGUUUCAACCAAUCACAGAAAAUUCAAUUUCUUUCAUUUGCUGUAUAAAAAGUGUCUACGCAUCCAGGUGUCACAGUAUUUACCCUUCUAGGAAUAUUACACUACUACGUCCUGACUUACCAGGGAUUUGUUCACAAGAAAUAUUGUACUUCUAGGAUCUGAGAAGUCACCAUGCUGUUUUGGCACAGCCAACCUGACCAUUACUGGCCUACACCAGCUGAACAUUACCAGAACCCAACCAGCUCUGUCUACAGGUGAGAUGGGUGCAACCCACAAUAGGACUAAAAUUGAUAUAGUAGAGGGUCUAUGGAGCACAACAUGAAGCAUCCCUCCAUUCUUCAUCAAACCAUCCCUCUAUCCUUAUGGGUACUCAUGCAGACAGCCCAUGCUUUAUGCUUGAUGUUGCCUUUGGACCAAACCAUGGAUCUGAAACUAUAGGGUUGAUUCUAUUAUAAUAGAUACACACACAGACACACACUUCAUCCCCAGCACACACACAGACACACACUGCACCCCCAGCACACACACAGACACACUUCAUCACCAGCACACACAUAGACACACACUUUACCCACAGCACACACAGACACACACUUAAUCCCCAGCACACACACAAAUACACACUACCAUUGAGGACGCAUAUAUGUUGGGGGGCAGUAUUUUAUCCUUGGACCCAGGCAGCACAAUGUCUUGGGCGGACCCUGAGUUUUGGGAAUUAUUAUAUAGAAGUACCAUAAUGACUGAACUUUGCACACUUGAACACCCGAAAGAUAUUUUUAAGAUUUUUUUUUUUGAACAGAACAUUUUGAUAAAUUUUGUCCAUUCAUAGUUUGAGUGUAUUGUGGCCCUUGCGGACUUUGAGAAAAAAUGUUUUGAAGCUAAUAAAUGUCUUAAAUUCCUACAUUCUAAUUAAUUCAUUAACAUUUGUUUGUUGGAAUUCAUAAUGAUUAUUUAUUUGUACAUGUCAAAUAGCACUAGAAAUGUGAUUCUUUCCAUAAUUCAUCCGAAAACGUGAAUUCAUUUUACAAAUGUUAGAUAUUUUGUGUUGCAUUUAAAGGCAGAGCAAGGAUCCUAUAAAUAGCCCAAGAUAAAUAUUUGCCCAAAAUAGGCUGGAAACAAAUAAUUGGACAAUUCAUCUUGUUUUCAAACUAGCUAUUUUACCAUAAAAUAAUUUUCCUCUCCCGAUUUUGUGAACAUGCCAUUUAUAUCUGAGUGUUACCUUUCUCUAUUUUUUUUAUUAUUUGUUAUUGUUAUUUUAUGAAAUGAAAGGUUGUUUUGUUAUGUGAUUCAAUAAGUAGUAUCCUUUCAAAAGGUCUUAAUACUGGAAAAAUCGUAUAAAGUAAUGAUAUGAUUUAAAAUGAGCAGAAACCGCGUUGGUAAUAACCAAUGAUCACAAUUAUAGCCUUAGCUAUGUGUGAACAUUCAGAUCAUAUGUCGUCUAUCUCAUCCUCUAUAAAGCAAAAGUACAGAGAUAUUUAAAGUGAAAAUAUAGGCACCCAGACCACUUCUGCUCAUUGAAGUGGUCUGGGUGCAAAGUCCCAGGUCCCUUAACUCUGCAAAGGUAAUAAUUGCAGUUUUUAAUAAACUGCAAUAAUUACCUUUGAGGUUUAACUCCACUUCCUUUGGACGCCUAACUGACGCUGGAUGUCCUCACGCGAUGCAUGAGGACAUCCAGCGUCAUGUAUAAUGCUUUCCUAUGGAGGAAAUACUAAUACAUGCGCUACUACAAAUGGCAUCCUCAGGACCUCCCUGGUGUCUAGUGGGAGCACACACUGUGCCUCUGAACUGUGUAUGGGCACAGACAUCCUGUAUGCCUGCCCCUUGCACUCUCCUCACGUUUGGUGAAGUCUGAGGUCACGGGUCAUGUAACUCGCGACAGAUGACUUCCCGAGUCGCAAGGGGAGGGCGAGAGGCAGACAGACAGGAUUGUUCUGCCUUCCUCCCCCUUCCAACUAUAGGUACAGAAACUGUAAAAGAGAAACAUAGCUGUUUCUCAGAAAUGGUACUGUUUUAGUUUGCAAAAUUGCAAGGGCAGAAUCGGUGGCUCUAAAUCAGUUCAUGAACAUGAAGUGAUUGUGAUGCCAAGACUGCCCCUUUAAUUAUGGGAGCCCAAUGUCAGCCGGGGUAAGUGCAGGGGAUACCAUCUGGGGCCUAGGGUAAGUGCAGGUGAUACCAUCUGGGUACUGGGGUAAGUGCAGGGGUGCCAUCUGGGUUCUGGGGUAAGUGCAGGAGAUACCAUCUGGGUUCUGCAGUAAGUGCAGGGGAUGCCAUCUGGGUCCUGGGGUAAGUGUAAAGGGUGCCAUAUGGAUUCUGGGGUAAGUGCAGGGGUGCCAGCUGAGUCCUGGGGUAAGUGCAAGGGAUACCCUCUGGGCCUUGAGUAAGUGCAAGGGGUACCAUCUGGGGCCUUGGUUAAGUGCAGGGGGGUACCAUCUGGGGCCUUGGGUAAGUGCAGGGUGUACCAUCUGGGGCCUUGGGUAAGUGCAGGGGAUACCAUCUGGGUCCUGGGGUAAGUGCAGGGGAUACCAUCUGGGUCCUGUGGUAUGUGCAGCAGUGCCAGCUGAGUCCUGGGUAAGUGCAGGGGAUACCAUCUGGGUCCUGGGGUAAGUGCAGGGGAUACCAUCUGGGUCCUGUGGUAUGUGCAGCAGUGCCAGCUGAGUCCUAGGGUAAGUGCAGGGGAUACCAUCUGGGUCCUGGGGUAAGUGCAGGGGAAGUGCACUAUCUGGGUCCAUGGGUAAGUGCAAGGUAUAUGGGUGCAGAGCAAGGGCUGGCACUACAAUCAAGGUGCCUGAGCAAGAUGCUGGGGGGCAGAGAGAUUGCACUCACUGGCAGGAUGUUUAGGGGCAUAUAUGGCACUGGCACACUUUUCGGAGGCACAUAUGGCUUAUUGGCACAAUAUACACAUUUUAUGAAUAUACUGCUAUUUGGCAUGAUAUACAGGGUUUAUGUAUUUAAAUUGGCAUGAUAAACCUAGUUUAUAAAGGUAAUGCUUUUUGACAUGAUAUACAUAUAAGAUGUAUGCCUGCCCUUAACUACUCAUUAACAUGAUAUACCAAGUUUAUGCAUUUAAAUUUCCUUGGCAUGAUAUAUCAAGUUUUUGUACUUACUGCUUAUUGGCAUGGUUUACCAAGUUUGUGCAUUUACUUUUCAUUAACAUGAUAUACAGGGUAUAUGCAAUGAAUGCAUUAUUAGCAUUCCCUUACCAGGGAAUCCUUCAGAACUCCUUUCACUAAAUGCUUGCCUGAUCGGGAAGAUCUCCCCUAUUGAUUAGUGAUGUCCAAGUGUCAGAUGGGCAGGACCGUAGCUCCCCGGGCUGUUCUCUAACCACUUUUCACCUCUAGAUGCCCAAGUGCAUAGAACUUUAAUUCUUUCUAUUCAAUUAUCUUCUAUAUUGUCUAUCAACUCAUCUAUUUUGUUUGUUUACUUCUGUCUAUCGCUGAUGUUAAAGGGUGCAGUGGUGUAUUUUGGAUCUGUGCUGCCCUAGGCAUGACGGAACUUGGGCACCCCCUAAUUUACAUUUCCCCACCCCUUCCUGUCAAUGCCACACCUCUUCCUUUUAAAGACUAACACACACACUUUGACUGACAGACACACACAUUGAUUUAACACAAACUGACAGACACACAAUCACUGACUCACUCACAGACACAUACUCACUGACAUACACACACAAUGACGCAGACACACACACUCACUCACUGACACACACACACUGACAGGCAUACACAAUCACUCAGACAAACACACAUUCAGACAAACUCACUCACAGACACAUACUGACAGACACACACAAUCACUCAGACACACAGACUCCCUUAGUGUUUCUAAACUACUGUUUACGACUUCAAAAUUUCCAAGUUUCCCUAUGGACGAGCCUCCACUGCAUGGCUCCAUACCUCCCAAGUAUCUCUAUUAAGGAGUAACAGUCCUUAUUUUGGACAAAAAAACAACCUUCUGUCCCUCUUUUCUCUCAUAUUGUUCCUCUUUUUUAGGAUUUCCAUGUUGUUGGUGUGUGAGUGUAUAACACAACUCCACACGUCACAGUAAUGUGUCUUUAAACUACAAUAAAUGGGUUUAAAAAUCAGUCUGUGUAAAUAAGAUACAUUGUUCUUGUUAUAAUUAACAUUUUAGUUGCAUAAAUUAUCAAUAAGUCACCUAUAAAAAUUUAGAACAGCCCCUACAGCCAUACCCCAGCCACACCCCUAAAAUUAAAGUGUAAGUUUUUGUCCAUUUGAUAUGUUUGGAGGUAUGUGGCUCCUUCCGUGAGCUGCAUUAUACUAUAGAUAUAUUAUAUAUACAUAUAUAUUAUUAAUAAUACUAAUUAUUGUGUUUUCUGUCGCAGGGAUUCACUGCAGCUCCCAUUUCUGAAGCAGGAAGACCAAGCGCAAAGUACUCCAGUGUUCCCAGCAUUUCAAUGUGUCCUCUGUGCACCCAGCUCUCCUGCUGUCAAAAUACAUGAGGAGACACUCACCUACCUCAACCAGGGUAACUUACAUUUUGUCUUGACAGUCAUGUAAUUAUAAUAUAUGUUGAUAAAGCACACUGGCAGGAAAAUUAAACAAAUUAUUACAAGCUUAGUAAUGAAACCGCAACGCUGUGAAUUUUACAUUUUGAUUUUAUUCCCCCCACUUUAUAUAAUUUGUCAAAUAUAAUAGAUAUAUUUACACCGUAAUGCUAGUGUACAUUGCAUUAAACUAAAAUAGCAUUAUUAAGUCUAAAUAUAAAGGUUCCAUGCAGUGUUUGCAUUUUACAGCAGACCAGGGGCUGCCAUUAUUUCACUGUAACCUGUGCGUUUUGAGGCCUUUGAUUACGAAAUGAAAUAUCUGUGUUCUGAUUGGCUGCUUUGCAUUUUCCACCAAUCAGAAUAUUAGCUUACUUUAUCUCAGAAAAGUAAGGCUUUCAGCAGCUGUAACAUAUUCAACAGGUAUAUUCCAUAACUUUACUCAGUAAUAUAUUCAAAAUUGUGUCCAUGUGACAGUUUUAUAUAAAAAGCUUCCAUACCUUCAAAACAUGGAAGUCAAUCCAUCAUAAUCACUCUGGAUAGACUCAAAGAUACAAAGAUGGGUGCUAUCGUUGCUUCUGAAGGUCAACACAGACAUAGGAGAAUUAUGGGUCAGUCUAUCGCAAACUGAAGUGGAUAAAUGGAUGCCAUUAAACUUGGACUCUAUCUUGUCCUAUUUAUGGAGUGUUAUUGAAGUUAUGCUAAAAUUUGAUUAAGGAACUUUCACAAUAGAUUCUCCAAAUGAACUUAGAAAACAUGCAUAGCAAUCUCCUUUUAGAUUUCGGAAGAAGUUACACAUUAACAGAGAGUAACAAGUGCAAUGUACUAAAAGGGUUAACUAAAGACACAUUAAUAUUUCUGAUACAUAAGUUGGUGUCAGCCAUUUAUACCUGUAUAAUAAGGAUUUUUGGGAUCUUAGCAGAUUUUAAUUCUAAUGUAUAAAAUUGCAAUAAUAUCAUGCACUAAAUUAAGUGAAUGAAACCACCAUCUAGAUUUUGUUACCAGUCCUUACCGGAGACAGUGUUAGUACAAACAUUCUAAAGUUUUGUAAACAAUAUAUAAACAUUGAUAUGGAUUAGAUCUAUGUUUACACAACAUAUUGCCAAUGAACUCAAAUAUUGACAUUCUGCAUUUUACACAAAAAUCAUGUUACACUAUUACCUAAUUUCAAGUACAGUACUUCAUUUUACACCAUUACCUAAAAACACAAAUCUGUAUUCUAAAGCUUUUGAAAAACAAAAAUGAAACUCUGUAUUACCUAAAUAGAUUGUGUGUAUCGUCAAACUGUUUCUGUCUGUGUCAAACAUCAGAGGAAGAAACAGACUCAAUAUCUCACAAGUCUUUGUCUGUACCAAAACAUUUGAGGUGGAGAACUGGACUCAUAUCUCUUAGGUCACUGUUGAUGAACUUUUUCAAAAUGGCGGAAGCAUCCCACUCAAAAGUAAUAUAGGCUCGAUGGAACAAAACAGUAGGCUCAUUGACUUAUUAUGAUGGUUAAAUAAGAAAGCGGGGGCAUUUGUUUUUAGAGUCAAGGUAGUGUAUUAAAGCAAACAUUGUGGGCACACUUUACCCAGAAAUCAGCCCUAAGUUAGUACACACAUAAAUGCUCAAGUAUAUGUGGCAUUUGAAUCUAUCAUGGUAGUAGGACAGACUUUUUGUGCCGGCUUUAAUUUUUAAAUUUUUACAUAUUGUAUUGACCAAUCGUUUUGCUUUGCUUUGAUUGGCUGCAGGUCAGUCAUAUGAGAUCCGCAUGUUAAGUAACUGGAAAGGAAUUGGAGAUAUACCAGAGAGCCGUAGGUUUCUCAAGGUGAGGACUUCAUAUAUUAUUUAUACUGUGUUUUACAUAGAUGUGUUAAUUUAACAUUAUUUACAGGCAUGGGGUUUCUGGCCAUAUUUCUUUUUAAGGCAUAUAGCUGUAAUGUAUCAAUACAGACGAUCAGAGUUAAUCAAGUACUGGGCAGUGCCAUCCUACCUCCUUGCCCUUACCAUGUUCUAGAGAAAGGGAGCAAGCAAAAGGCAGACCUCAUGUCCCUUUCAAUGCUGUGCAGCUAUUAUCAGUAGAAGAAGGUUCUAAAUGAAUAAAACAAUUCACAUACCUGGUAAACGCUGUCAUUGCUGUACAGAAUGUAAUUAAAACAAUUUGGAUUUCAUAGAAAACUACCUGUGUAACUAUCUCGCCUCUUUUUCCACUUCACAGACUGUGGCUCGAGUGAUUUUUCACGACAGACGCCUACAAUAUAGUGAGAAACAGCAGCUGGAGAGCUGGCAGUUGAGUCAUCCAGGGGAUCGAAUCUUGGACAUAGGUACAUAUAUAGUGCUUCGAUGAAAAACAGGUUUAAGAAAACAGACUGACACAUAUAUCAUCAUGUAACUGCUAUUUACACCAGUUUAUUAAAGAGAAAAUGACCACUUAAAAUGCGACUACAUAUUUUUUUCCACUAUUCCCCAAUGAGGCCUCAAUGUCCCCCCAAUAUAUUGUUUGGGCAUCCGGUCCCCCCCCCCCACCAACAGCACUGAGUGAACUGCUUUUAAUUCACAACCUGGUUGCAGUCAAUCAGAGAAACUUGGAAACAGGUAGUGAUAGCCUAACUAUAUGUUUCUCUGGGUGUCCUCUCCUUCUAAUGCAGAUUUCUUUUGUAGUUUAGAUUAUUCAAUACUGUCAGUAGCUGAGCUGUGUACAUACACUUGAUAAGGAAGUAUUUGUCUGGAGUGAGGGGCAUUGCUAAAGAGGCAGACUUAUCAUGCAGCAUUAUGCAAAACAUUUAUUUAUCUAAUGCAAAAACCAUAACGAUUUCCGCAUGCAAAUGAUGAUUAGUUUCCAUAUUUAUGUCAUACUGAGCUUUACACUUGUAUUCUAAAAUAGAGUGGAUGUGGUUUCUUGCAGAUGUCCCCCUGUCUGUAGGUGUGAUAGACCCACUGGUAAAUCCAAGUACCCUGAACACCAUUGAGUUCCUGUGGGACCCAAGCAAAAGAACAUCUGUAUUUAUCCAGGUAACUUGGGACAAAGCUUUGGUAGGAAGUGACAAGCGUUGUGGAGGGUAGUAGACAUCUUUGAAAACACCCAAAGGUGUAAAAAUAAAUAAAAGCUAUCUCAAGAAGAAAGUAGACCAGAAUGCCAUAGUUAGAAUUGUAUUGUUAGAACCCUGUGUUUGUUGGCAUCUCGAUAUAUGAAAUCAUCAAUAUAUGUGAUCGUUAGCAUCUAUCACUCUUUCUACUUCAGGUUAAUUGUAUCAGCACAGAGUUUACACAGAAAAAGAAUGGAGGUGAAAAAGGGGCCCCUUUCCGGAUCCAGUUGGACACCUUCAGGGGAGAUUCCGAGGGUAGCUUUACAGAACAUCUUUAUUCAGCAAGCUGCCAAGUCAAAGUGUUUAAGGUAUGUUAAUGAAGUGAUAUGAUAUAUUUUUGAAACCUCACUCACAUAAUUUCAAUUUAUAUUUCUUCUUCACUCAGCUGUCUUCUCUCCCAUCCAUCUGUCCUGUUAUACAGCCCUCUCCAUCUAUGAACUCUCUCUCUCUCUUCUUUGCUAGCCAAAGGGUGCAGAUCGCAAGCUGAAGACAGACCGUGAGAAGGUGGAAAAGCGCUCUGCUCUAGAUCGCGAGAAGUACCAAACACCUUGUGAAACUACCAUUAUGACUGAGGUACAUGGGGGACAUUUCAAGCAUACACCAUUUUCUCGCAUAUAACAUUGAUAUUUCACACAUUUUUGAAUUUUUUCAUCUUUUAAAUUUUUUGGUCCUUUUUUCCCUGAUGAUUUUACCAUUGAUUGCAUUCACAAAACAAAGACAAAAUACUAAUAUUAUUAAGGGAAAAAGGAAGAAUUUGCAAUUUGAAGGAUCAUUUAUAGUCCAGACAAAAAAAAAUAACGUGAUUUUUUUUUUUUUUUUUACCUCUUUGAGAAAAUCCGCCAUUCUGACAAUGGCGGAAAAAUUGGUUAGAAACAACAUACAAUCGAAGCCUCAUAUUUGUAACUUCGAUUGAACCAAAAUGAUACCAAAAAAUAAAAUGAGGUGCAGUAAGGAAUAAAAAAGUGAAUAAAUAUGAACAAAGAGGAAAAGGACCAGAAAAUCUGCCAAAAGCGUUAAAACAACACUAUUUAUGUAAAAUCCCAAUUGUACAGAUUUCCCCACUAUUGGGGCUUUAUUUACCUUCAGCAUUCCGCUACCAUUCAUGGUCUGAGUUUAGUCUUUUUUUUGUCAUGCACAGCAGAGAUGUUUAUUUAAAUUUACCUUUUGCUGUAGGCUGACAAUGCUCAUUUGAAUUUUUUUUAAAAAGUCUCUGUUGUGCCAGACAAUAUACAAGGAAAAUCAUGAAAGUUCAACUCUGCCAUAGUUACUUACUAAGGGGAGCGUCUGGAAUUUGAAGAGAAUUCAAAGGGGUUUUACUUGAAAGGACAAAACAGAAGAAGUGGAAAAAUUAUCAAUGUUGACUAUAAUUACAAUUAUUACAUAGCGGCAACAUAUUCCACAGUGCUGUACAAUAAGUAAACAAGACAAACAUUUAAAAAACAUGACUGAUAUAUGGGAAACAGCAGGUGAAGAGGAUUCUGCCCAAACAAACGUACAAUCUAAACAAUACUACCGGUUCAGGUACUGGGGCCCUAAUUUUGAAAAUGUAUUUUAAAUUUACUUUGAAUUCCCCCAAAAAUUCAUGUCAGUUAAUAACUCUGCAGUGCAAGUGCAAAUAAGAGGAUAACAAAAAAUACCAGUGAAUGUGAUACACUAAUAAGAGCAUAGUUUAGAUUGCAAGCCUACUUGGGCAAGGACCUCUUCACCUCUUCCCGUGUGUCAAAUGUGUUUUGUCAGAAUUAAUUGUUUGUCUUGGUUUAUCUUUUGUACAGUGCUGCGAAAUUUGUUGGCGCUUUAUAAAUAAUUGUAAUUGUGAGGGCUGCCUGUGACCCCCAGGUUCUGACAAUUCCUUUCCCAUGAUCCUCUAUGAAACAUCUUUAAAAUGGCUGCAUCAUGCAGAAUUGCCAAAUCAGCUGUUUUUGUUUUUGUAACCUCAAAAUAUGUAAAAUCCCUUUGUUGCUGAAGGACUAUCAAUUAAUUAAUCUUUAAAUUUUCUAUUGCCUAAAUAUUACAUUUUAUUUAUUUCAUUUUUAUUUUCUCAAGCAACAUGGGCUUUCUAUAUUCUGUUGGGCAACACUUUACGGUUGAUAACCUAUAGACUUCAACCUAUCGUUUCUGUAAGUUUUCUUGUAAUUGUGCUAUUUAUAGUUAAAUCCUCUCUCCCCCUCCCCUUCUAAUAUUGUAAAGCGCUACGGAAUCUGUUGGCACUAUAUAAAUGGCAAUAAUAAUGAUAAUAAUAAUAUUAAUAAUACUAAUAACAGCCUGCCUGGGGAAGUCUUACGUUAUUAAAAAAAAAUGCUGGUUUGGCAGCCUUUUCCCGUGCCCUAUAGAAAGUCCUUGCAAUUAGACAGCUUUUAUUUUAACCCCUUAAAAAAACAAUCACAUUUUAGAUCUUGAACAUUCUGGUUCUAUCUUGCUUCCAUGAUUCUACUCUGUUAUGGAAUGUCUCACGUGUUGGUAUCAACAAGACUCGACAGAGCUGCUAAUGGUUGAUAAACAAGGUAUUUCAUCUUGACUUUGUGUCUGGAUAGUAAAAAUUAAUAUAGCAACACAGAAUACCAUUGUUCCUUACGGUGUUAAAUAUGGCAUAUCCACUGACACAAUCAACAAUAAAGGGGAAAAUAUCACAUCUUGAAUUGUACCUAUUUUCCUGUUUAGCAUAAAAAUGCAGAGAGUUCAUCGAUGCUUGGUUAAAGGCCAGAUGACAGGAAAGAGUAAUAUUAGUUUUGCUGAACUUACAGUAGGGAAGAUAGACAUUUCAACAAAAUGGCUGCCAUUCAUAUGACACAAAUUCCACUUAAUGUGUGUUCUAAGGCAAAUUCAUACCUUUUGCAGUGUACACCUUGGCCAGAAAUUGAUACAUCUAGGAGUCCCAGCAGUACCCCUGGACUGAACUCCCAAAAUAAUUUCAAAAUGACCCCAGAGAGGUAAGUCAAAAUUGAGAGAAGGUAUCAACGACUUGUGAUAUGUCCAGAUUUUUUGUGUGAUUGGCAGAUGCAUCCACUACACAAAAACAGACACUGCAUCCACUACACACACUGCAUUCACUUUCCUCGCACACUCUCUCUAUAUCCACUUUACACGCACACACACCUUGCAUCCACUAUAAAGACACACUGCAUCAACUUUACUUAUCCUUGUGGGCGCACUCGGGGGUGAGUCCUGUGGGCAGAGUCUGGGGCAAGCCAGGUUUCGAACUGUGUAAAGAGGCCCAAAAUUUCUAAUGGUAGCCUUGCUUAUAUAUGUAUAUAAAUAUAAAUAUAAUUAUAAUAAUAAUUAUAUAUAUAUCAGAGAGUGUUAUUCACAAAUUAAUAACUAUAUAAAAAAUAACCUUUAUUUCACAAUGGUUAAAAACAAGAUGAACGUUUCAGUCCCAAAUGGGGACUUUCAUCAGGAUCAUAGACAUACAGAUUGGAUGUUGGAGCCCUGGUAAUGCACCCGGCCACCUUGUCUAUUUGCAGCCAGAGUGCAAGGAAUUCCAGUAUAUAUAUAUAUAUAUUUUAAAACAGUUUACUUGAUAUAAAUUAAAACAUGUAGCAUUUAUUUGUGCAUUUUUUCAUUGUGGGUAUAUCUAAAAACAGUUUGCAAAAGCUGCAGAUCUCUUGUCUGCAGCGUUUGCAAGCACCCCCCCUACUAGAUUUUCUUUGGCUGUCUAAUCACAGACUUCCCAAAGCAACUCAAUGAGAAAUCUUUGCAAGGCCAGUGCUCUCAGCAACUGCCUGCCUCUUGAGUACAUCUCCACUAAGCUAAACAAACCAGGAAGUAAGAGGACCAGUUGUCUGACUGACAAGCGAAGGGAUUAACAAGGUUAAUUUUAUAAAAAUGCUAAUUUCUACUGAAAUGUGCACUUUGUGUCAAAUGAAAAAAAGGGGACACACUUCAAAGUGCUUUAGGUGUGUGGAGUGGCCCUUUAAACAGACAAUAUUGUAUCUUAAGAGCCCUAAAAUAUUUAAGUAUUUUUCUUCAUAAGCCUUAUUAACUAAAACGGCAAUAUAGUAUCAUCGGGGAUAUCCAGAAGUUCCAUCCCCAGCUGCUGUGUAAAUGAGAGGUUUAUUCGAUUGUAAUCUUGGGCAAAAAAUAGCUGAUUUGAGAAAUUUCUCGAACCCAGUUAUAGUUCCAGCUAAACUAUUUUAGGCUACAUUUUGCAGCUGGAUUUUCAUUUUCUGCAAUUUAGUGUAUAGCGUAUGGACCCUUGAAUAUUUAAAAAAAAUUAAAAUAAAUAAAACACACACAAAAAAAACACAGUGCUAAAUGGAAAUGUUGAAACUAAAUAUACAGACUUUCUGAUAAACAUUAAACUAUAUACUUUAUUGUUUACUCCCAGGAUCUGUGCUUCACCUGUUUGUGCCUCAGAUAGCUCUACAGAAUGUGCUGGGGAGGUAAGUGUCAGUUACCGAUAGACUCAAGAGCUCGCCAUCAAGGAAACUUCUGUGUAUCCUCAGGAUUUACAAUAAACAGAAAUACAUCCUACGUGGCAUGUCUUAUCAAUGUUCAUCCUGUCACUGUCAAACAGCCCCUCUUUCUCUUUACACAACUUUCCUUUAAUUUUCUCUGACCAUCACUUGCAAAUUCCCUUUACUUCCUUUGGUCUCAAAUUCCCAUUAUAUUCUUUAGAUUAUAAACUCAAAUCUAUCUAACUGGGAACUUUGUAUAAAAGAGCUUCAGUAACUAAAUCUCCACUAACGGGCAUGGCCCUGUUUAUCUUUUAUAUUGGUCUGUGUAUAUUAUACUAUUUAUUUUCCCCAAUUGUACACCGCUGCGGAACAUGUUGGCGCUUUAGAAAUGCCAGUAAUAAAUAAAUAUAUUGAAUUUUUUUUUAGUCAGAUGCAUAUAAAUGAUAAUACACUUAGAACAAGGCUCUCUGAAAUAUUGUUUCUAGUGAUCACACCAUCCCACCAGAGACUGAAAAGUACAACAUAAUCAAAUUCUGUUUUAAUAAAAUAGAUAUUAUUUAUUACCAUGACAGGGUUAUUCAGAUAAUAUAUGCAUUCCAUAUACGAGUCUUAUUUUCAAGUUCUCUACCCCCAGGGUCUAAGUCCUUCUGCCUCCAUCUUGGAUACCCAGCAGUGGCUGGCGAGAAACCGCUUCUCCAAUUACUGCCGAACGUUCUCUAAUUUUACAGGUAAUGAAGCCUGACGGAUAGGGUUCCAUUUGAGAAGACAAGAUGUAACACCUUAAUCAUGUCAUUUGAGGCUCUGUUCUUAGAUGUAAUGAACACAAUUACUUACCAGGAGAUAAGUGGUGUUUAUUUACUUAGCUGGGAAUUCCAGAAUAGUGACAAUAUCACUGUAAGUAUUAAGUCAACACUGAAUCAUUUUUGCAGCUUGACUAUUCUGUUGUAAAAUUUCAGAUUUCAGACUAAUUUGAAAUAACCAGGCUUGCUGAAUAACCCUGAUGGAAAGCCUAAAUAAAUUAGCAAAAUCAGAGCUUUAGUAUGAGAAAUUGCAUAAUUUAUAGCUAGUACUGGAUUAGAGGCGUCAUGUCUGGAGCUGAAAUUGUCAAUGGGCCUAAAUAGAAUAUUUAAAUUUGUGUUUUGUAUUCUAAGGACUACAAUUUGCCUAGCCUGCUUGCAAAUAGACUUUGCUUCUGUGGCCUUUCCUGCGCUGCAGUUGGAAAUGUUGUGUAUAUACUUGUACCCCAUAUUAGGACCCCGUACUCCGAGUCGUGAUAUCUAAAUACAUGUAGCUCAACCAAGUGAAACUGUUGAUGUCUUUCUGGCCAGGUGCCUAGUCCCAUGUAUAGCCCAUGCCAGUUCUAUUUAUUGGAUCAAAGACCACCCAGCCCACCAUUCAAAUACCUGCAAUCAACAGAAUGGUAUAUGUUCCCUAAUUCAUAUAAUCAAACAGAAUUUUGAGAGCCCUACCUAGUCCUACUUUGAAGAUACAAUGAAAAUCCUUGCCUUGAGAUACUUUGUAUUGGUUACAGAUUUAGUGAGGCUAUGUUUGUUCCACUUUUUAGGAGCAGACCUUCUUAAGAUGACAAGGAAGGACCUCACUCAGAUCUGUGGAGUGGCCGAUGGCAUCCGUCUGACUCAUGCACUGAAAGCAAGGUAUGUCUAUUGAGGGUGUAAGCAAAUAGACUUGUAAUUAAAAUAUUACUCCAAUCAAAAAACUGUGUUUUAAGACAACACUGCUUUGGGGUUUGAGUAACCCUUCCUCUCCUGGUUCCAACUGUUCAGCGUAUCACAUAGACUUACCUCUGUUUCAGUGCCAAGGCCAAGUUCUCCUCUCAGCCCAAUCUUCCUCUGCUAAUGUCACUACUUUAGCUGCCACGGGAGGGAUGUAGGAGGAGGAGGAGGAGCUGAGAGGUGGACAUGCCACUCUGUGUGCUGCCAUUGUACACCUGUCGCCAACAUGCUUGACAAGCUGACAACAAAUAUUCAAUAUGAACAGAAUUGAUACUAGCCACCAAUCAUAACAUUUUGAUGGGGUUAGUAAUAUUUAUAUAUUUGUGGUCUGGAACCAAGGCCAUGCUUGUACCAACUACCUAAAGCAAAGUUGGCUGAAGUUUGACGAAAUGAUGGUCAUGUUAGGCCUUUAAAUAAAGAGGGCUAACCAGGGGAGUAAGAUAAUAGCAUUAGGGUAAAGAGGGUGGGGUUUGUCCAGGAUUCCCCAUGGUACACAGUGCCGGGCCCCAGGAGAAUGGCAACACCUGAUAACCAGCCAUAGAUUUCCUGAAAACCAGCAGCAGAGGCACCCUCAUUUCACAAGAAAAGACCAGUCAAAGGUCUCAUACAGGUGCAGCCUUCCCUACUCACAACCUCGCACAGUAUGACAUGACCAGGAAGCUCUGCAGACCGGAAGUGACAUAUGUUCAGGAUGGUCCUGAGGUACAGCCACGGGCAUUUUUAAGGCCAAAUUAACACCUCCUCCAACUACAGGCACCUGGUCUUAACAUACAUAUAUAUCAUGCCUAAUAUCAUGUAGGUCACCCUUGUGCUGCCAAAACUGUUCUGAUGCAUUAAAGGAUGGACUCCACAAGACCUCUGAAUAUGUCCUGUGGUAUCUGGCACCAUGACAUGAGCAACAGAUCUUUUAAGUCCUGCAAGUUGCGAGGUUGGACUUCCAAUGAUCUGAUUUGUUGGGCAUAUCUCACAGAUGUCCAAUUGGACUGAGAUGUGGGGAGUUUGGAGGCCAAUGCAACAUUGUUCCUUAAACCAUUUCUGACCAAUUUUUGAAGUGUGGCAGGGUGCAUUAUCCUGCUAAAAGAGUCCACUACCAUCAGGGAACAACAUUGCCCACAAGGGAUGUACGUGGUCUGCAAAAGUCUCUACCUAGUUGGUACAUGUCAAAGUAACAUCCACAUGACUGCAGGACCCAAGGUCUCCCAACAGAACAUCGUUCAUACUGCCUCCUCCGCAUAGUACGUCCUACGGCCAUCUCUUCCCCAGGUAAUCGAUGCACACGAGCCAAGCCAUCAGGAACACCCCACAAUACUUGUCGUUUGGAGAUGUUCUGACCCAGUCUUCUAGCAAUGAUUAUUUGGCACUUGUCAAAGUCACUCAGAUUUGUUCGCUUGCCGAUGUACCCUGCUUCCAGCACAUGAAAUUCAAGAACUGACAAAUCACUUGCUGCUUAAUAUAUAUCCCACCCCUUGAACGAUAUAAUCAAUGUUAUUUGCUUCACUUGUCAGUGGUUUUAAUGUUGUGGCUGAUCAGUGUACAUAUAGUGUAUAUUUAGCUAUAACAAUAGUGGAAGAAGACACAUAUACGUGAGACUAAUAUAUAUGUAUGCUCCUCCUUCACACACAGGUCUGUACGUCCACGUCUCACACUGUACAUCACCACGGAAUCUCCAGUGAAAAAGGCUACUGCUGACUCUGAUCAGUCAGGUGAGAUUUCUUGAGUGUUCCAUUCUUACAACCUGAAAAUCAAAUAUUAUACAGAAAGAUCUAAUUUUAUAGUCAAAUGAUAGUAGAAUUAAACAGAUAAUUCAUGAGAAAGUUUAAGAGCUAGGCAAACUUAUGCAAAGACUGUAGAAAGUUUAUGCUCAUGAGACAGUGGCCAACAAGGUGUUUGUGAAAAUGGUAGGUUCAAUUUUAAUAAACUGUAUUGCUAUGAGCUAGUUACAGGGAAGGAGACAAGUGAUAAUACAAGCAAAUGUUUACAGUAUAUAUAUUUUUUUAUCAUCCAGUUCUGCUCAGUUUAAUAAUGUGGAUCUGUUACAAUGAAGAAGUUCUUAAUGUUGUCUUCCAAAGUAGGUCUCUAUCAAGAGGUUUAUCUAGAGGAGGUGUCUGCAGCUGAGCUGACAAACAAACUGGCAGAUUUGCUCAGUGUCCCAGCUAACCACAUACAGCAGAUCUCCAGAAGUGGCCCACGUGGGAUCCACGUUGUACUCAGUGACACGGUGAGUGAAUACACCCCAAGCUGCCUGUUCAUUACUCAGGCCAGUCCGCUAAAGGGAGGAAGUCUUAGGCCAGUGUUAAAAAUCUGGACUCCUUCUUUACAUUCAGACUCUGUUUAUGAACUUUACUGCCAUCAAUGACAAACAGUGUGUUGCGAAUGUCAUGAUCAUGGUCUUAUCCCUCCCUGCGGUCAUUGGCCAAAAUUCCACCACCAUACAUACUCAUUGUACGCAGCCGGGCCAGCCUCAGAUACUGCAAUCAUUGGGAUAUAUCCCAGUGGUCCAGUCCAGGCCUGGGGAGCACUUAGAUUAGUGACCACCAGCCCAUACCUCCCAAGUGUCCUUAUUUAAGAUGGACAUUCCCUAUAUUGGUCACAAAUCCUGUGUCCCUCUUUUCUAUGAGCUCCAUAUUGUUGGUGUGUCUGAGUGUAUAACAGAGCUCAACAGCAGUAAUACUCCCAGUAAUGUGUAUUUAAGCUACAACAAAUGUGUUUAGAAAUCAGUCUGUGUAAAUAAGAUACACUGUUCUUGUUCUGAAUUAUAUUUUCGUUGUAUAAAUUAUUAGUAAGUCGCCUAACAUUUCUCAGAACAGCACUGCCUCUGGACCUCCCCUCCCCCUAAAAUAAAUGUGUCAUUUGAAAAGUUGGGAGGUAUGCCAGCCCAUGAACUAACCCACACAGUGACAAGCUAGCCAAGGCCCUGCACAACUCCUACUGUGUAAACAGACAUCCCAACACACCUCCCACACUUUUCAUAAGAAUGGCUCAAGGCCCACACUCACCUUAAUAAUCUUCCCCUGGUUGGAGGGGGAGGAAGGGGGUCAAUUGUCCCCAGUCAGACCCCACAUGCAAAAGGAAGGCAUGCAUCCUACUGAUUACAGUGUGCAUUGAUGUACACUGUCCAUUUAAAUUGAUAUAAUGGUAGAAAUGGUCUUCAAUCACAGAUCACUUAUAUGUGUCUUGCUCUCUCCACAGAUGGUCAGAAAUAUGGCAGAUGAAUCCUGCUUCACAGCAACGCUCCAGAAAUGUGAGUGCCAUUAUUGUUGAAUUAAUGGAAGGAGUCUAGACCAGUCAUUGUCACAAAGCUUAACGUGGCACUAUAGGCACCCAGACCACUUUAUCUCAUCGGAGCGAUAGGGGGGGACUGUCACUUAGGCAUGCAAUGUAAAACAUGGCAGUUUUUGAGAAACUGCCAUGAUUGCGUUGCAGGACUAAGACAGCCACUAGAGGCGCUUCCUGGAUUUUAUCUGCUUUUGACUCCGUUAAAUGAUACUGGACGUCCUCACGCUCUGCAUGAGGACAUCCAGCGUCAGGGAAAUUCAGACAGGAAAACAUUGAGGCAUUGCCUCAAUACUUUCCUAGGGGAAGGAGCUAAUGCAUUCGCACAGGCGCAUUAGGUCCCCUUUUAUGUGCCACAACAGCACUAUAGGGCUAAGAAUCCAGAUUUAUAUUUCUAACACUAUAGAAUCCCUUUAAGAGUAACUUCUAUAAAAUGAACUAAACUUAUAUUUAACCAAGCAUUAUUGCCAUGUUUUGAAAGCCAUUUUCAGCUAUCACACAAUGUAUUAGAUUUGCUGGCAUGUAGAAUGCAGAACCGAUAUGUAAGAAGGAAAUACAUUCAUUAACUCCUGAAGGACCAAAUUUUAUAUUUAGCCUUUAUCACAAACUGGUCCAUAAAUAGGUUAUAGCAGUAUGGAACGUUCAGUUGAUUUUGCAUUGUAAGUUAAUGGCUACAGGGCUUUGAGAUGGAGUCGUUCCUCGCAGAAUCAUAGUGUUGUGGUGGCACAAUCAGUCAUUGGUCCACUAAGGAUUUCAUCUAGAAUGCAAUAUUUAAAUGAUCUCCAUCGUGCCUGAAAAUGCAAACACUGCUCAUCAGCUUGGAAAAUAUACAAUCCAAGACACUGGUGGAAAUACCGCGGUCCCAGCUGCGACCGGGCCCAUCACACCAGGGGGCCCGCCAGCAUUUUGGUGUGGACCCGACCACGUAGAAAAAAAAUGCCGGGGCCACAUUAAAGGAGCCCAUCGGGUGGCCCAUGCUCUUGGAGCCACCCGAUGGCAUUGGGCCCAGUCAGCGCUGUGGCGCUUUAAAAGCGUGACCGGGCCCUAGUGAUGAUGUCAGAGCUGGGAGAAAGUCACUCCCAACCAACAGAGCACCACGCAGAAGGAGAGGAGGGGGUCAGAGUGGGAGCUCUGACUCCCAUCAGCAUGAGGCAGCCACGGGUCCCCAGGGAAGUCACUAAUUUUUUUUUAAACAGUUUAGGUGUGUGUGUGUGUGUGUGUGAUAGAUACUGCAUCAGUAUAUCUGGGUGUGUGUUUGUAUGUCGGUCUGUAUGUAUGUAUGUGUGUGUGUUGUAAUUGCUGAAGCUUGUAUAAUUGCCAACCUAUAUCUCUAAAUAGCACAAUCAGCAUGAAGGAACUUUCACAAAAAUUAACAAAAUCCCAGAACCAGGUCACAUUUAAAAUAAGAGAAUGUUACUGGAUCUCUAUAAAACCAGAACAGACAAAUAUACAUAAAAUAGCAGUAACGGAGAGAGAAUGUCUGCAUGUGUAUCUGAAUGUUUGUCAUUGUGUGUCUGUAUGUGUAUCUGCAAGUGUGUCAGUGAGUGCCCCUAUGUAUCUGUAUGUAACUGUUUAUAUCUGUAUGAGUGCCAUUCUGUGUAUGUGCAUUUGCAUGUGUGUCUGUGUAUCCGCAUAUAUGUCAGUGUGUGUCUGUGUAUCUGUAUGCCAGUGUUUGUAUCUGUAGAAGUGUCUUUCUGUGUAUUAGCAUGUAUGUCCGUGUUAUACAAAGAGAGGGGGGAGAUGCAUGGGGUGGCCCCAGGGCACUUUUCGCACCGUGUCCCUGUGGGGUCUAGUUACGCCUCUGAUCGAAGACCUUUUUUUUUCUUACAGAUUUAGCAGGCCUAGCACUAGGUCCUUUACACCACCAUUCAAAGCAUCCAGACAUAAAGCACCACCCUGAAACGCUUCACUCAGUUGAGCUGCCAGGGGAGUUCUAAAUUUAUGAAUUUUGACAAGGGGAAAUUCUUGUUAACCCUCUAAGCACAGCAAGCUGAAAUGCUUGGCGUCUUAAGUGUCCCUUUAAAUGUGGUGCAAGGGAGUUUGACUUAGCAUGCAUCCAUAUUGUCCUACUCCAGUGUCCAGAGAAUCAGGAUGCUGGUGGAGGUGUAGGGCUAGUGCCACAAUCUUGGAAAGGGGGGCAGCAGUCUGCAAUAAGGACAGGACAGGUCAGAAUGCCUGAACAUUAUUCAGGCCAGCCCACUGAGGGAAGACCCUGCACAGAGUACUAUUUCUCUAUGUGGGGGUCCUAGUGCCCUGAACAUCUAAUGAUUCACUUGUGCUAUGCUUGAUGGGGACAGUUUCCCACUGUCCCCAAAAUCAGGAAACUAAGUCAGACUAGGACAUGAAAUGCUGGUCUCCUCAAAGCAUCUGACAUCCUAUUUCUUUCUUCCUCCUCUAGUGCAAAAUCAAGAUGGCUAUCACUGCAUCCUGCGGUAACCUGCAUAUUCAACCCUGCGUGUGCUCUUCUAGAUCCUCCUUAGAGGGUCACUGCGAUCCCAAAAAAGGGGAAAAACCUGCAGAAUCACAUUGAUAUGGAUACCUAUUGUGCUAAACAGGCAUUUCAACAUCCUUAGGAAAACUAUCGGCCUGCAACAUAUUCUGAUAUUGUAUAUCUGGGGUACCCAAGCCUACUUGUACAAGGUGUGCGCACACUACAAACAAACAAUCUCUUUUUUGUAAACAAGGAUUGUAACAGAGAAUGUGAAAUGUAGGCAACUAAUCUGGCCCUGUGCAAAGUCCAUCUUCUUUAUUAAUUUUUGCUAUAAAGGAGCGUUUAAAUUUCCUAGUAUUAAUAUUGCUCUGACUUAUUUCCAAUUCUAGAUUGUAAGCUCAUUGGAACAGGGUCUUCACGUUGAUCUGCUCACCUUUUUUUUUUGUUGUUGCUUGGAUAGCUCCAUUGCAAUGCAGGAGCUGUAAAAUUAUUUCAAAACAAUGUAGCAGCCUAUCUAGUACAGUAGUAAGGCCUUAGAAAAAAAAAAAAAUAAGUUUGCAGCCUACCUGUAUAAUGAGGCAAGACGGAUUCAAAACAUAUACACAGCUGCUUUUACAAACCUGUAUAAGCCACUAAUGGGGCGAGUGACAGCCAGCUUAUAAUGCAG